AUCUUCAUUUGCCGGCCCCAGCAGGAAACAGUCUUGGAUAGGGAGUGAUCUGUGACUUGGGGCGGUAGGUAUGGUCGCGACCUCUCCGCAUCACGGCGGCAGUGAAAUACCAGCAUCAGCUCCAACUGUCAAUCCAAGCUCUUCUAUGCAUUCCCGCUCAGACUGCGGUAGAGCAUAUUGAGCGCUCUCGUUUUCACUAUGAAGUUCCUCAAGCAUAUUCGCUCGCGGUCGAAGAAUCUGAACGGUGCGGGGAAGGAUUCUAAAGAUGCGCGACACAGUCCGAAAGCGAGUCACUCUGCUCCACGUUACGGUAAUGACUUCACGAAACGUCUUCCACGCGAGGUACUCACUCAGAUCUUCGCGGAGGUUUGUCCGCAUUCCCUGGAUGACUCCUACAGUUCCUCUGAGGAGUCGAUGACGGAGGAUGGCUGUAUGCUCUGCGAUAUGCGCGAUCUGGCGAAUUGUGCACUGGCCUGUAAGCGAUGGCUAUCCUGCGCACAACCAUUGCUGUACCAACACGUCCGCAUCGAUCCCGUCCACUACUGCGAGCUGGAGGUGGAGCUGGCCGCGAAGCGAAAACGACGCUCGUGGUUUGAUCGCAACGGAGAGGCCAUUGACGCCCCAAAAGUCAGAUUGGCGCUCUUCAUGAGGACAGUUAGAGAAAACCAGGAAUUGGCAAACAUGGUUCUAUCGCUAAGAACCCCAUACAUGACCAGGGAGGCCAGCAAGGCGGAGCUCGCGCGAACCGUAUCAGUGCUCCCUAAUCUCCGUUACGUAGAUCUUCCGGCUGGGUUAUACAGCGAUGAAAUAUCAUCACAGACAUUGAAGCAGGAGCUCAUGGCUCGGUGUAUUGAUAUCCGAAGGAUGAGAUAUGCACACGGGUCGGAAGGCAGUUUCUCACGCAUCCCAGGCUCGCGGCUUUGGAUGAGUCUUGAAGUCCUCGAAUUGUCCAGGCUGCAGGUCGAGCCCAGCACCCUGCGCUGGGUACUCAAUUCCUUUCCCAUGCUCCGAGAUUUGAAGAUAGAAGACUUUCACUGGCUGGACGACACCAUUUUUGCUUCUGCGCCUUCCGUGCCAUUAUUUCCGCCGGUCCAACGACUGACUCUUGAGCACAUCCCCAAUGUCACGGCAAGCGGGUUUGCCACUUAUCUCUCGAUGCCCCAGAAUCGCGAGGCUCUAACGCAUCUCACGGUGUCUAGCACUGGCAUACUUCCCCAGUCCUUGCAUGUCAUCCUUUCCGCAGCACCCUACCUCCGGACGCUCUCCAUCAUCCAGGAAAUGUCACGUCCUUUUCCAAUGGAAGAUAUACCGCCUCUUUCGUCAAAGUCUUUACGUCUGCUGCACUAUGAGGUCACAUAUGCAGGCUGUGUAUCAGGCCAUUCUUCGACUGCUACCUCCUACUACACAUAUCUGAUAUCUUCUCUGAUGUCGAGCUCUCUCCCUGCUCUCAGAGACCUAUAUGUCCGAGAUGCAGAUUUUCCUGACACGCUGCUGUUAUCUCCUCCCCCGCGGCUCCUUGGCGGUGGAGAGAAUGGCCCUCAAAUGUUCAGCAUGGGUCUGAACCAGCCGCUCAACAUCUACAGCAAAGGCAUGGAUGAACUCGAAUGGAACUUCACUCCCUACGAACCUCCUUCCACACGUGGGAGACGCGAUAGCACUACUCGACCGGUGAGCUUCCAUGGAGCCCAACUGAGCCCCUCCUGGGGUGGUCAGGCGCGGAGAAGCGUCCUUGUCGGAAACGGCUUCGGCGGAUAUCUAGCUGUUCCUGUUGAUGAUGGACGGCCCAAGAGCAGCGGCGGGUUAAAAAAUGAGAAGCAAGAUCUGUGGCGGUGAAAGAACUACAUACU